AUGCAAUUGACAAAUCAUUCAAAUUUAUGGGAUGAUUCAGAUGAAGAAGACAAUCGUUCAUCAGAUAGUGACGUUAUUGAAAUUAGUCCUACGACAGAACUUCCAAUUUCGUCAAGUGUUACUACGCGCAUCGUAAGAAAUUUACAUGAUCAACAACCAUCUCAUAGACCAGGAGCAUCAGCAUCACCGGUAUUAAUACUACAAUCAUCUGGAAGAUCAGCACAACAACAACAAUCAUUAUCUUCGUCAUCGGCAAGAUCAGCACAACAACAACAAAUACAAUCAUUAUCAUCAUCUGGAAGACCAGCACAACAGCAACAAUCAUUAUUAUCAUCAUCGGCGAGACCAGCACAACAACAACGACGAAGAGCAGUGAUACCGUAUGUACCACUUACUUUGAAGCAAAACAGUGGACGAUAUCAUAUUUUACCGGCUUUUCCAACAGUAUUCUUCGUUCGUCAUCCACCUUUACUAUUGCCUAAUGUACCGGAAUAUAAACUUAAUGAAGAACAAUUGGCACGACGUGAAAAAGAUGUUUAUCCACUGGCAUAUACUAUCAAUGAAACGAAUUCUGAAAUACCAUCAUAUUUUCGUAUUGAAUAUCAUUCGUUCAUAACUUCAUCGAUUAAUAAAUAUCAUGUUGAUGGAGCCAUUAUUGAUUACAAUCUAGAUCGUAUGUUAGUAUGUUUCCGUAUAUUUGCUGAAGAUUGUAUUAGACGUCUUAAAAAUAAACCUGAACAAUUUAUUUUAAAUCAUAUACAAAAACAAAUUGCUCUGGAAUUUUAUUUACAAUUUGACGUGGAUGUUUUCUUCAUGAAAACAUGUUCAUUUCGUGGUGCUGAACCACGUUCAGCUGAUGAAGGCCUUUUCUGUCGUGAUGAGCCCGAUGCUCGUUAUGGUCUAUUCGCAUGUGGCAGAUGUCCACUGUGUAAACCAUUACACAAUACUAUGCGUUAUCGACAACAACCUACAAUUCGAUUUUAUGCAGGUUAUACACAUCGAUUCCUUAAUGGAUAUAAAUCGAUACUCAACUGUGAUGCAAAUUGUAAAACACCAAAUAUUAUCUAUGUGAUGACUUGUCCAUGUGGUAAAUUCGAAUAUAUUGGUGAAACAGGACAACGUCUUAAUGAUCGUCUGUGGUAUCAUCGUAAACAUGCGAAUCGAAUUAUUCAUGAAUUUUUAAUUGGUGAAAGAAAUGUUGAAUUGACUCGAAAUAAAGUCAAAGAUUUUGAAACAAAUGUGAAAGAUAGAAUGCUCUUGUAUAAACAUGCAGCUCGAUGUCCAUCGACUAUUCAAACAUUUCUCAAUUUCAAUCCAACCUGUUCAUGUUUCGUACCUAUUCCAAUCAAUGAAAUUGAUCCACAAGAUGAAUGUUAUAGCCUUCCACCAUCAUUAAUGUUACUCGAUCGUGUUCAUCCAACUUCAAUUACUCAUAAAGAUAAGAACGCGAUAACAGCAACACUUAAGACACGUGCUGAUGAAUCAGUACGAACCUGUAUGCGAAAUUUACCAUAUCCACCUAAAGGUUUUAGCUUUUCCAGACGUCAACGUGUAGAACAAUUUCAAUAUUUCAAAGCUAAAAAGGAUAUACUACCUAAACUAGAUCAAUCAGUUAAUCUAUUCAAUGUUUCUAUCAUUGCUGUUUUACCACUGGGUGUCUCAGAAGUUGUUCGACGAUUUAUCGAAGCUCUUUUUAUUACUCAUACAGAAGCUAAAUUGAAUACAUUCGGUCGACUUUGUCAUGAUGAUGACGACGACGACCACAACAACAACAAUGAGAAGAAUCAUGUAAACAGUAAUACAGUUCUUGGUCGUGGUUAUUGGUGUCGUAACAUUGUUUUUCCUCAUUAA